UAGAUUUAAACUGCAAGAGUGUGUCUGCCUCCCGAACAAUGUUAGGUAGGUUAUUCCAGAGUUUAGGAGCCAAAUAGGAAAAUUAUCUGCCGCCCGCAGUUGAUUUUUAUAUUCUAGGUAUUCUCAAAUUGCCAGUUUUGAAAAUCCAUUGGACGUGGAGGACUAUAAUGUAACAAGAGCUUGUUAAAAUACUGAGGUGUUAAACCAUUCAGGGCUUCAUAAGUAAUAAGCAAUAUUUAAAAGUGUAUAUAUAUGAUGUUUGAUAGGGAAUAAGUUCAGUGUUGUCAGGACCGGGCUAAUAUGGUCAUACAUACUUCCUGGCUAUAGUAAGAACUGCUGCAUUUUGAACCAGAUGGAGUUUGUUUAUUAAGCAUAAAUAUUUUUAUUUGUAUUAUGUAUGUUGAAAACAGUUGUGCAGCAUAGUAUUUUUGUGGAGACCAUGAUGCAUGUUUUCCAGCAUUCUUUAAUGAAUAGAGAAUUCAAGAACAGCAUUUAUUUGAAAUAGGAAUCUUAUAAUGGCAUAUUGGAUCAAUUUAAUGCGUCAUUGCUGGAUAGAAGUGUAAAUUUUUGGUAGUGUGUGUGUGUAUAUAUGUUUUGCUUUUACUUGUGUUCGUGUGCAUUUGCUUGUGUUCAUGUGUAUGUAUGAGCUGGAACAGAUUCUUCGGAUCAGAGUUGAUGACCUUAAAAUCCCUAAAACUUCAAAAAUACCCUACAGACCAGGAAUGCUUGUCAACAUCUGUUUUUAUUUUAUUUAUUUUUUUGUUCUGUUUGCUUUUUUUAGUCAAGGACCCCUUUCUUCAAUCAAAGCAGCCUUUAAGAGAUCUUCUGCAAGAGCUCACUCACAACCAGACUGCUCCAGAGAAAGAAGGCGUCCAGAGAUAACCAUCCUAUCGGCAAAGCCAUUAACGGCCACUUCUUGGUAUCCAGGGGUGUCUGGACGAUUUUCAUCCACAGCUUUCACAACACAACCAAUCUGGAGUGAGAGCUUUCUGACUUCUGCUCAGCUCCCACCAUCCUAUGAGCAGGUAAUCGAGGAGAAGACUAAGGAGCAGGACACCACACCUUUACCAUCUCCACGUCGCUCGCAUUCAACAACUAUUGCCACACAGACUGACUCACUAGAGGACAAUGUGACACAUCCAGAUUCCUGCACAUCCCUGCUGCUGAACCAAAAUCCCAGUGGAGUUUCAGUGAAGCAGCCAAAAAAACCACCUCGGCCAUCAUUGCCCUGCACACCAGAUCAAAAAAACCGAUCCCCGAAAUCAACUCACAACAUCGAUCUAGUCUCAACUAAACGUCCGGUGCCUCAGCCACGUUCCAAAACAAAACCCAUCAGUCCAUCCAACCAGGUCAAUGUGCAACCUCUGAUACCACUGCAGGACAGCUGGGAAGGUUGUCCUGUAACACCUGUGCAGACUUCUGAUGCCCAUUCAGGCAAGUAUCUGCAGGAACUCUUAGAUGUCUUCAGCUCUGAGCCUCAAAGUGAUCUGAACAACAGUGUCAACAUCCAGGGAGAGCAGACGAAUCAAACUAAAGAGAACCAAAGUGAAAACAUGACCUCCCUCCACAGCGACCGCAACAUCCGUUCAAGAAUACAGGCCUUUGAAACUCAAUCUAGCACAGAGAAUGAAGAAAAAUCUGUACCUUUCCCCCGUCCUCGUAAGGUUUUUGCCAAACCACCUGUGCUGGCACCAAAACCCUCUAUUGCCCCACGGCCCUCUGUAAAAAAGCCCAAAGAAGAGCAGGUAUCACAUUUUGAAAGUCACCUAUGCGAAGAGGCCAACACACCACCUAUGCCAGCGCCAAGACCGCAACUUUUCAAAAAACCGUCUUUAGACUUAAAAAAUGACUUUACCUCUCAGCCUUCCUUCAGGACAGCCCUCAUUCCUCCAUCACGACCUUCAUUAGUCAGAGCUAAGAAUGUAAGUUCCCAGGAUGAGGAAGAAGUAAUGAAAGGACCUCCCACUCCACUCAAGCCCAGCAAAGACUUGCUGAACCUCAACAAUCACAACUCCACUGCUCUUCUGUCUAACAUCGCAUCCACAGCGGACAUGCUUAGCAAUGAUUAUGUGGAUACUCCCACGAAUCAAUCUCUCGCUAAACCUGCCCGUCAAGGGGGAUUCACCUACAUGGGGCUAAACACACAGGGGGUGACCAAGAGACCCACAGUCAUCAGAGUCCCCAGUAAAACCGACAAAAACCCUGAAGAGAUGGCAGAUGUUCCACCACCUUUACCUGUGCAGAAUCCUGUGGGCGGCCCACCUAUACCUGCUAAACCUUCUCGCAAAGACUCCUUCAGUCUCUCAUCUGAUAUGUCUCUUCCACCACGGCCCAGUGGAGGAAAGGUUCUGCCUCCACGACCUCCACCUGCUAAAACAGGCCCAGGAAGACCUCCUCCUCCACGGAGAGAUGACUCCCAACGUCGGCCCUCAGAUCCAGGGGUUUCACAAACAGUGCCAUCAAAACAACAGCAACCUCAAUGGCAGCAACAAAACCGUAGAGCUUCAAAAAAAGGACCUGCCCUCCCACCGAGACCCAACCCUGGACAUCGUCUUUACAACAAAUACACUCUUGAGAUCCCCCAUGGUAUUUCUGAGUAUGACUACAAUGGCAGAAACCCUGGGGAGCUCUCUUUUCAGAAAAAUGAAGUCCUCGUCCUGCUUGAGGAAUUAGACAACAAAACCUUUGAAUGCCAAGGGGCAAAAGCUAAGGGCACAGUGCAGAAAACACAUAUGAAGAUUAUUACACCCUUAACCAAUAUGACCAGCAAUCCAGUACCUCAGAAAAACAGUUCCUUUAGUGGUAUGGUGGAAAAUACUGGAUCUUUACAAGUGCAAGCCCUGUAUGACUUCACUCCAGAGGGGCCUGGAGAGCUGAUGUUGAAGGCUGGUGAUGUGGUGUCUAAUGUAGAACUUCUGGAUAGUGAGUGGUACAUGGGAACAUGCAGAAACAUCACUGGAUUCUUCCCCAUUAACUACGUCAAGCCACUGAACAAGCCUGGUACAUCUGCGCCAGCGUCCAGCAGUGAAUGGAAAUCCAAACCAUCUCCUGAUUCUGUGAGAGGCCCAAGGUGUGUUGCGAGGUUUGACUUCGAGGGAGAGCAGAGUGAUGAGCUCUCAUUCUCUGAAGGUGAUGUGAUUCGGCUUAAAGAAUAUGUGGAAGAGGAGUGGGCUCGUGGGGAAGUCAAUGGCCAUGUUGGUAUUUUCCCGCUCAACUUUGUGGAAGUGCUUGAGGAUCUUCCUCCAGCCCCAGUGCAGAAAUCUGCUCCGAAUAAGACUGCAAUGCCUGGAAUGGCCGGUUCACCUAACACACAAAUGUCUUACAAAGCCACUGAGGUUGAAUCUAAGUGUGAAGAGUGGGUUGUGGCACUGUAUGACUUCACAGCAGAGACGGAGGAUGAUCUGUCCUUCCAGGAGGGAGACAGGAUCCUGGUCACUGCUCAUAUAGAUGAUGAAUGGUGGAGCGGACGGAUCAAUGGCAUAGAAGGCUUCUUCCCCAAAGUCUUUGUAGAGAGUGUUCAAGGUGGGAGACAGUGGUAAUGGAACGAAUAAGCAGAGGCAACCUCAGAAGCAGUGUUUUUCUUCUUCUCCUCCUCCUUCGUUUUUUGACUAGUUUCCAGUUUAUUUCAAUUGCGUUUGUCUAAUAUAUUUAUAAAUGUGAUGUCUUCGUUGAUAUUCCAAAACCAUUGUAUUCUAAAAAAUAUAUUCAUGAACUGCUAUGGA